AAAACUGAAAACGCAGCAGGAAGCUUUAACUUCCUUUGCAAUUCAGAAAAGAGAAAAAAAAAAUAGUUGCUACAGUUCAACAACCUAAGAGAAGCACUCUGUCACAAUAAAUGAAGAAGUCUCAACAAUGCUUUAAUACAGACGGUCUUCAUAUUAAAUGGAUGUACAUAUUUCAUAACAGCAGCAGUAUCCGCUGUACCUCUUUCCCAGUCCUACAGUCAUCACAUAUUCUGUGUUUUGUUUUGUUCUUGGUUUUCUUUUCGAUGGUCACAUUUAAUUCAGGGGUUUUCUAAAUGUUCUUGAAAUCCGUCCAUUCUCGGAGAGAGAGUUCUUCUAAAGAAGCCAUAACGUCUGGCAAGUCUUUUUUCAAGGAAGAGUUUGAAUAUAAGUAUUUGGAAGUACUUGUUACUCUUUUUUCUUCCCGGGAGUUUCUCCAAGGUAUACUCAUAAAAUUUAUGAAAAUUCAACGAUUUGAGGUACCCCAGUCUGAAUGCUAUCUUUUCUGUGGUAUACUUCUGCAACCAGAUGAAACGUAUAUGGAUGAUUACAUUUGUUUGUGAACAAGAAAUCCAGAGCUAGAAAAUCCAAUAAUGGCAGAAAAUGUAACACAACUAGAUGAAGAAACUCUACAUAUGCUUCAAAGUAUUUCAAUCAGAGUCACCCUCCCUUUUGUUUACACAAUUGUUGUCUUGUUUAGCAUACCAGGAAAUAGCAUAUCACUGUAUGUUCUCUUUUGUCACAUUAGCCCAAAGACACCCACAGUUAUUUUUAUGAUAAAUCUCGCAAUUACUAAUGUUGCACUUGCUGUAUUUCUGCCAUUUCAAAUUACAUAUCAUCUGAUGGGGAAUCACUGGAUCUUUGGAAAGAACCUCUGUAACAUUUUGACUGUAGCCUUUUAUACCAACAUGUAUUGUUCCAUUCUCACUGUGACAUGUAUUAGUGUCGAAAGAUGUAUAGGAAUUUUAUAUCCAAUUCAAUCAAACAGAUGGAGGAAAAAACAAUAUGCUCUUUUAGCAUGUGGGGGAACGUGGCUUGGUGUGCUGCUUUGUCUAUACCCUCUAGAGAGCACUGAUUUGACCUACAAUGUUCACACACUUAACAUCACUACAUGUUUUGAUGUUCUCAAGUGGAACAUGCUACCAAAUACAGCUGCAUGGGCAGCUUUUCUGUUUACAUUGUUCAUUCUCUUCUUCCUUAUCCCAUUCAUCAUAACUGUAAUCUGCUAUACAGUCAUAAUUUGGAAACUGUUUAAAGCAGCCAAAAGGCAUGAGAACCUGCAGAAGAAAAGAAGAUCAGUUUGCCUAGCUAUAAUUGUACUCUUGGUUUUUAUCACUUGUUUUUCACCAAAUAACUUCAGUAUGCUAGCGCAUAUGAUUAAAAGGCUUUUCUAUAAAGUAGGAAUUUAUCCUGUAUAUAAACUCACUCUGACACUGAGCUGCUUCAGCACUUGCCUUGAUCCAUUUAUCUACUACUAUGCUUCCAAGGAGUUUCGCUGUAAACUUAGAUCAUUAUUUAGAAUGAGUAGGGAGUCUGUAAGCAGUAUUGACAGAGGAGCCUUUUCUUCAAGUCAGCAAGGUGAACUGCUUGAAAUAAACCAAAGACUUUACAGUGAUGGUAACAUUAGGAGACUGUAUUAGGAUUGGAACUAAAUCCUUUGAAGAAAGUGCCCAUGAGAUAGCAACAGCACAUGGCCAAUAAAUCGAAACAGGAAAAGGAGUGGUCAGAUAUUUCAAUGCAAUAGCGCCACAGAAAGUUUGUUGUCAUAGACAAUACAUUUUGAAGAUGGCUUUCCUUUUUAUACUUUGAGUUUAGACUGCAAAACACUGUCUAAAGUUUAUCACAUGAGUACAGUGAGCAAAAGACUUGAAAGGGAUGUUUUCCAGGAUGACUCCAGUACUUGAAUAAAUCCCUUCAGUAGCAGCAAACACUUUUGUCUAGGUGUUGAUAUUAUAAGAAUAAUUUCCUCCAACAAUACCUUUGGCUCAAUAUUAUAUUAAAGAUCGUCACAGAAGUUGAUAUUGUCAGAAGUAUGUGCAGACAUUUUGUAAACAUGCUAGACUAUAACAAUAAAUUUGGCUGAAUGAAAAGCAUAGAAAGUGAUUAAUAAAAAAUAAAGGGAUUGCCUUUUAUUUUACUUUCUUCAGACUAUUUACUUCUGUCAUGGCGGAGAUGUCCAUAAAAGCUAAAACAGUCUGUGACUGUACUUCUAUAGCAAACUAAGUCAAAGGAUUCAAAGCAAUUCAAGUGAUUAUGUAAGAUGAGUUAAGAGUUUAAGUUUAAAUAUAAAACCAAAUAAUGCAAAGCUAUGAAACUAGAAAUAAAGUUAUAUAUGGAUAAGAAAAUGGGAAUGCACACUAGACAAAGCAUAUAGAUUAAAGUGUGACUUCUAUUUUUACACGAAAGCCAAGACUAGACUGGGUUUCCAAUAUAAAUCUUAAACAAGAUCUGCAGUGCAUCAAAGGACUAGUAUUAUAUUAGCAUGAAAAAUAAUCCAUUGUCAUUUCAUAUACAGUCUUGAUGAUGUUACAUCUAGAAUGCUGUAUGCACUUCCAAAGUUUUUAUUUAGGUUAUAGCCAGCAUGGACUCAAAAGCCUACAGAAAAAUGUAAGGAUGAUUAAUUUUAGAUGAGACUGCAAUUAAGAAGAAAGAAAAGUCCCUCAGGUUGAUCAUAGAAAACAAAUGGCUACAACAGAAUUUGUGGUUAGUUAUAGGAAAAAAUAGUGGAAAUGCUUUAGCUGUUUAAAAUUCUGUAUCCCUAAUUGCAAUAAUGUGAAGUUCAGGUGUUUCUCAGAUCGAAAUCAAAGAAAAAUAUAUCAUUCACAAAAGAUCUUGAGGCUUGCAGGAGAACUGUAGGGAAGCUGCCUAUGACACCAUUUUUACUUGUAAAUAAAAUGCAUCUUUUUUGCAGGAUUAAGUUGUCUAAACCGCAAAGUGACAUAUUCAUUUAACACAAUUUUAUAGAAAAUGUCAGCAGUGAUGAGAUUAUGUGGCUUAGCUGUAACGUAGUUUUCGCAGUGGUAACAGUAAUAUCUCCAGUACAAGCAUACUGGGGUUAUAAUGUUUAGCUGUAAAUUAGCCUCUGCUCUGAAAAGGUAAAGUAAAGAUUCUCGGUUACAGUAAUACAUGUAUAUGUAGUGUGUAUCUAAACUGUAUAAAACUGAUGCUGCCAAAAGACAUAAAUUAAAAUGCGAACUUAACAGA